CAUGCGUAUUCUACAUGCGUCACUGCACUGUUUUGGUACGUAGCGUUCCCUGCUCGUAUUAUCGCAUGAUAUACAUUGACAUGACGAUUCGCGCAUGGUUCUCCCGCUAACUGUCUUGUUCUUAGAAUAACGGAGCGGUAAAAUGAAGUCCAUGGGUCUCCCGCUGGCCGCUGUCUUCCUCCUACUGCUGGCCUCAGCCUCCUCUUCCCCGCUCCCCAAGCCUCCCACCACGGAGACUAUCCUGAUCAACGUCACAGCCGGACUGGGGGGAGCUGGACAACAGCAGGACUCCAGCAUCCUGCAGAUCAGUCUGAAUGUGUCGGUGAGUGAGGAGGAGGUCCUGGUGAACCAGGUCCCCGUGGAACUGUCGGGGGUCACACGCCUCCCCUGCCAGGCCCUGCUCUUGGACUCGACCAAUGGCAGCAGUGAGGUUGACGCUGGGAGCCUGGUUUCCGCGGUAACGCGGGUGAUGGUGAUCCAGAACCGCCUGUACAGCGACUACGAGGAGGUGGUCUCACUGCAGGUGUUCAGUGAGGUCAUCGAGGUGGACGGACAGCAGGUCCAGCAGGCGGACAUGUGUGAGGUGAAGCUCCUGCUGGACCCCAGCUUCCAGCAGCGUGCGCGCUACACCAGCGUGUACCCCAUCGGCCACAGCCCCCUCUCCAGGGCCCCCCGGGGAGAGGACACGCUGGUCCCCGCGUCGCCCCGCCAGAGAGUGGACUCCGGGGACGACCCGCUGGUGUCUCGCCCGCCCCCCGCCCAGCAGGAGUACGCCGCCCCGGGACGCCUCCCCGAGGUGCCGCUGCGCAUGGCCCGCCGGGAGCAGGAGGAGCAGCAGGAGGAGGAGCCCGGGGCCCAGUCCUCCUACUCUGCGGUGUGUGUGUGGGUGCAGCAGGCCCGGGAGCGCGUGCGGCGGUUCUGCUCCGAGUCUCUGCCGCUCUUCUUCCUGGUCAUGUGGGUGGUGGUCAUCGGCGUGGUGGGCUCCGCCGUCAUCGUGAAGAUCCUCGACCUCUUCUUCCCCACCUGCGAACACAGGAGGUCCUACCACCUCUCGGAGGUGCCCCCGCUGCCCGAGGAGGAGAAGCACACGCUGCUGGAGAACAUGGAGGCGGAGCCCACCUCAGGAGCCUCCGAAUGACUCCGCCCUCUGCCCCGGCGCCUCCCUGCUCUCACCCAGACCCAACCCCCCUCCCCUCCGAGGGAGUCCAGCAGACCGACGCCUCCUGCUGGUCGGAGGCCGGCUCACGGCUCCUGGCUAGGAUCAAUCCCAUCAAAACAAACAACGUAUUCAAAUAAUUGUAAAAUGAUUUGUGUUUUAAUGAAUGUUUUGGCUAGCAGAGCUAGCUUCUGCCGUAUGAAUACCGAUUGAAACAGCUGUUCCUCCUCCAUUAGUUGUGACGCAUGUCUUGAUGGCUGUAGCCGAUGACAGCUACCUAGCUACCUAGCUUAGCCCCCUGGUUAGAUUAUAUUUAGUGAGCAUGUCUGAAUGGCUGUAGCCGAUGACAGCUACCUAGCCACCUAGCUUAAACCUCUGGUUAGAUGUUUAGUUAGCAUGUCUUGAUGGCUGUAGCAGAGGACAGCUACCUAGCCUAGCCCCCUGGUUAGAUGUUUAGUUGGCAUGUCUGGAUGGCUGUGGCCAAGGACAGCUCCCUAGCUUUGAUGAUGUUUGUUAGCAUGUCUUGAUGGCUGUGGCCGAGGACAGCUACCUAGCCUAGCCCCUUGGUUAGUUGAUGUUUAGUUAGCUUUCACUGACGCCUAUCUGGGCGGCUCAGCCACGCUUUGAGUUCCCCUCCUGAUGAUUCACUCCGACACUGCUCCCAGACCUAGCGAUGUACAGCACGCCAGCGUAACGUUGUGUCAUUUGCUGUAAACUACGUGAGCGGAGUUUGUGUUUGUUAAUUGAAUGUGAAAACGAGGUUACUGAGUUCAAGGAAGAGGCGGUCACUCUUCCUACGAUGUCAAACGUUCUGGAACUUUUCUCCAGAGCGAUGUGUGGGAUAAUAUUCAAUUUAUAUUGAGGAGUCUCUUCUUCUGUUUGGAUUUAAUUUGAAGUGGCAAGGUAACCCCAGUUAGUGAUAGAGGUCCCUGUGGUGAACUGUUCUGAUGCUGGUGUCCAGUACCGCUCGACAGGCCCUGUAGUUUAGGAUCCGGUCAUCUGGUCCAGAACCCUGUAGUCCAGUGCCCGGUCCCCAGGACCCUGUAGCCCGGUCCAGACCCCCCUUCAGCCCCCCCUCAGAUCCCACUGGCCGUGGGGGGGCCUCAGCUGCAUGCUUACUGGGUCUCUAGUGCAUGAUGUCACCGUUUGGUUGGACCAGGUCGUCAUUUGGGGAAACACGACACUUUAUGAAUUAGGGAGCUUUUAUUUUGAAGAACUGUUAAAGCACUUUAUAACGAUGCAUCAUAAAGUCGAGCAUGGUUAAAAAACUAAUAAAACGUUUGGAUUUAACUGAA